CCAAGUGGGCAAGGAAUUGGUGGUGCUUCUAUAACAGUCUUUUAAUAUGAGAAUUUGUACAUCGUAAAACAAAGGCCAAGAGCUAGGAUUACCAGAGAUGGGGAUGGUAGAUGAUAAAUAGAAAUUAUUAAGAAAGUUUGUGUGUAGCUGUUCAGGUGGUGUUACACACAGCCGCAAGCGCUCACAUGUUCCUAGUUGCUGGUAGGGAAAUUAACUGGAGCAAAUCUGCGAAACAUAGCAUUUAGCACCAGGGUGCGGAAAAUACCAAGCCAUGUAUGCUAAUGGGCGGACGGGCAGAGGCUGCGGAGAAACCCAGCUCUGUGCCGGAUUCUGCGGAUUGGGGGGCUCUUCUGGAUUCCGUGUGAGUACCAGUGCUGAUGCUGCGGCCUGUUUCCCGAAGCAAGAUGCGGAGCGUGGCGGCGGUCACAUGAUCUCCACGGAUGACGCGGAGUACCCGCGCGAGUACCGCACGCUGGCGAAUGGCGCGCGGCGCUUCUCCAACGUGGGCCUGGUGCACACCUCGGAGCACCGGCACACGGUCAUCGCCGCGCAGAGCCUGGAGGCCCUCACCGGGCUGCCCAAGGCCGACAUGGAGCGCAAGCGCGACGCCUUCAUGGACCACCUCAAGAACAAGUACCCGCCCUCGCCCUCGCCCUCCCACGGCAGCAUGCGGGGGGCGCCAGACCGCAUCCGCGAGCAGCCAAACUACUGGAGCUUUAAGGUCAGUGCUAGCCGUAGUCCACGCCACUCCCAGUCCACCCAGUCUGGCCUGGCCGACCAGGCUGCCAAGCUGUCCUUCGCCUCUGCCGAGUCGCUGGAAACCAUGUCGGAGGCUGACAUCCCGCUGGGUUUCAACCGCAUGAAUCGCUUCAGGCAGAGCCUGCCGCUGUCACGCUCCGCCAGCCAGACCAAGCUGCGCUCUCCAGGCGUGCUCUUCCUGCAGUUCGGGGACGAGACACGGCGGGUGCAUAUCACGCAUGAGCUGGGCAGCCUGGACACGCUGCACGCGCUGAUCCUGCACAUGUUCCCCCAGAAGCUGACGGCAGGCAUGCUCAAGUCACCCAACACGGCCAUCCUCAUCAAGGACGAGGCGCGCAACGUCUUCUACGAGCUGGAGGACGUACGGGACAUCCAGGACCGCAGCGUCAUCAAGAUCUACCGCAAGGAACCCAUCUACGCCUCAUAUCCUGCCGCCCACCUGGCCAAUGGGGACCUCAGGAGGGAGAUGGUGUACGCCUCGCGGGAGUCUUCACCAACACGUCGUCUAGCCUCCAUGCCGUCCUCCGCCUCGCCCACGUCUGGCUCGCCGUCACGCUCCCGCCUCUCCUACGCCGGCGGCCGACCCCCCUCCUUCACCGGGCAGGGACACCCACAGCUGCAGCCACCCCCGUCGCACGGACACCACCACGGCAUGGGGCACCCACCCGGCUCGGGCCUCUCGCCGUCACCCAGCGCCAUCCUGGAGCGGCGGGAUGUCAAGCCGGACGAGGAGGUGUCGGGGAAGAGUGUGGCGCUGCUGAAAAGCGAAGGCCUGUAUGCCGAUCCUUACGGCCUGGUGCACGAGGGCCGGCUCAGCAUCGCCUCCACACAGGCCCUGGCCACCAUAGGCGACCCCUUUGGCUUCCCCGUCGCCGGGGGGCUAUACCGCCGUGGCUCUGUGCGCUCGCUCAGCACCUAUUCCGCCGCUGCCCUGCAGGGGGAGAUGGAGGACGCCCUUUACAAGCCCGGUGGCCCCCUCUACCCUGACUCCUAUUCCUCCACGCUGGGCACAGGAUUCCGCUUGGGCCCCUCGUCGCCGCAGAAGAUGUCCGAGAUGCAGCUACGUGGUGAGCGGGACUCGUACUCAGGGCCCCCCAGCCGGGCCUCUCCGGUGCGGCAGACAUUCCGCAAGGACUCCUCCUCCGUCUUUGUGGAGAGCCCCAAGUCCCGUCCGGGUUCCAGCUCCGAGCCGCUGUGUGGCCCCGGGGGCCUGGGAGGGGACGGGGGUCGGGGGACAAUGGGCUUCAACUCACCUUUGGCUGGAAAUGAGACGGAGACACGGGAGCGGAUGGAGGCGAUGGAGAAGCAGAUCGCCAGCCUCACAGGGCUGGUACAGAGCGUCCUGACCAGGCCCCCGGACAGUGACAGCACAUGCAGCCUGCUGCGCCUCUGCAUGAUGGCCGGCUGCCCCCCCCAGCCUGGACUGGGAAUCUCACCGCCCUGCCCUUUCUCUUCCAGCGAGAAGACCGAGUCCACCAGCGACGGCUCGGCCACAGGAACUCAGACACCGUCGGCCCCCCUAGCCCUGAUGCCACCCCCGCCCAGGGGAGCCACGCAGGCCACCACCGUCACCCGGUUGCAGAUGCAACUGCACCUGCACGACCUGCGGCAGAAUGCCAGUGACCUGCGCGAUCAGCUCUCCCAGCUGCGCAAGAUGCAGCUCCAGAAUCAGGACUUGGUGAGGUCCCUACUGAAGCGCACCGAGAUGGAGAUCAGCUUGCGUGUGACGGACGCUCUCCGCAAGCAGGAGGACCCCCUGCAAAGGCAGCGCCUCCUGGUGGAGGAGGAGAGACUGAAGUACCUCAACGAGGAGGAGCUCGUUAUCCAACAGCUACACGACCUGGAGAAGUCGGUGGAGGAGAUUCAGAAGAACUCCUCCGUGGACCACAGGCUGGUGACAUCCCAGGAGCUGGAGGAGAAGGCCAUGGUGCUGAGGAAGCUGGGAGAAACUCUCACCGAGCUCAAGAGCCAGUUCCCCGGCUUGCAGAGCAAGAUGCGUGUGGUGCUGAGGGUGGAGGUGGAGGCAGUGAAGUUCCUCAAGGAGGAGCCACACCGGCUGGAUGCCCUUCUGAAGCGUUGCAAGUCCAUCACAGACACCCUGGCCAUACUUCGCAGGCAAGUGAGCGAAGGCAUCUCUAAGGGACAGGGGGACAUCGCCAGCUCCUUGGCCAAGCAUGCGGAGGACUUCAGCAAGAGCACAGACUUUGACAUCCCUACAAGCCCACCACUCAAUGACUUGGGGGGCGGUUCCAGUCUUGCCAACUGGACACCUCUCUCUGGAUCCAGCCAUGGCAACCCCUCUGCUGCCAUGCGUGACCCCCACCCUCCGGUGCCCCUCAAGAGCCGUGCCCUAGAGGAGCUGUCAGGUCGCCGGAGCGGGGACAAAUCGGUGUCCGUGGAGGUCAGACUGGCCGCGGAGCGUGAUUGGGAGGAGAAGCGGGCCAGCCUGACCCAGUACAGCGCCCAGGACAUCAACAGGCUUCUGGAGGAGACCCAGGCAGAGCUCAUGAAGGCCAUUCCCGACCUGGACUUUGCCGCCAAGCAGAUCAAGCCGUCUGCCCCACCAGGAUCACAGAGCGGCACGUCGACCCCCGAGCACCGGCUCGGCAAGCCCCAGAACUCGGCCCAGAAGCUUUCCAGCAAGGACGUCGGUUCGCGUCGGGGCUCAGAUGAGUUGACUGUGGCGCGGUACCGUACCGAGAAGCCCUCAAAGUCGCCUCCCCCUCCGCCUCCGCGUCGCAGUUUCCCAUCGUCGCAGGGGAUCAGCCUCUGUCGCAGUGGGGACGCAGUCGGCAGCAGCAAGAGCAUUAAGUCAGAGUCAGAGGAGAUGGAGGUGCAGAAGCCACAUAUCAAGCUGCGACGCGCGGUCUCCGAGGCCCAGCGGCCUGCCUCCACCCCUCCCGAUGUCGCCGCGGGGGGAAAGGAUGAGGACGACGACGAGAAGGCUGCCAUCGACCCGGAGGCUUUUCAGAGAGCCCGGGGCAAAGCAUACCGCCCCCACUCCUCGCCUAGCAUCCAACGCAGAACCAGCUCGCCCCCCAGCAGCCUGGACCUGUGGCCCCCAGAAGCCCUGGGGAGGACGGAAUCUGUUGGUGGGUCAUCCAUCCAGACUUCUUCUGAUCAUAAUGCAUCGGCUCAGCUGUCUGAGUGUGUCCCAGCCUUAUCGUCACAGACCGACACCUUAGUCGGGGCAGGUCUACAGGGUGGGCAUGGUGAGGUGGGCAGAGACUCUGAGACAUCACGGGUCUGUUGGGCGGCUUCUGGCAGGCUGGCCCCUCAGCACCAAAGUCCUAAAGAUGGUCGCAGACUUCGAAGGCAGGAUUCCUUAGAGACUAUCGAGAAGGAGGAGCUGGCCCUGGUCGUCACAGACAGGCAGUUGAAGGUCUCACCUAGGAAUGAGGCUCAGGAACUCAUCAGGAAGAAUAAGCAACCACUGCGAAUCAUGUCCAUCCCCACCCACAAACCAGGAGGGCCCUGUGAGAUUUAUUACCUCCGAGACAACCCAUCCGGUCCAUUUCUGAGCAGUGCGCCGCUGUUUGUACUAUUUAAAGAGCCCCUGGAGGUCAAGGAGGCCUACAGGUGCCUGGAAGCACUGCUGGACGAGGAGGGAGAGGCUGAGACAGUUGGGUCUGAGAGCGUUUCCAGCGGCAGCAAGAUUAAGCUGCCUCGGAAACAGCUGGCGAUACUGAGGAAAGCUACGAGGCAGGGAGCAGAGACGAGGUGCCGGACGCUUUCCCUGUGCCCUGAUAUCGAGACACAAGUUGGGGGGACCUGUAAGAACGUAGAGCGCACCAGUGACCGGUUAGCUGCCCCAGUAGAGAGCCAGCCCAAAGCGACCUUGUUGCACGGGUCACAGGCAGAGGACAUCCGGAGCAGCACCUAUAGGAGGCUUGACAGCUUGGAGGAGACCAUCCGCCAGCUGGAGACCACCCUGCAGGAGAUCGGGGCCCAUCCUGCCUGCAGCUUCCUGGAACAGGGGACUGAUGAGAUAGCGACAGUGGCCUUUGAGACGUCACAUUCCCCGGACAAGAAAAAGCCUCCCAUCCCACCCAAACCAACCGGAGUCCCAGCAGUCAUCACUAAGGGCGGGGGCUCUGGAAAGGGUCUCCACUCGUCUGCCUCGUCCCGCCUGAAACAUCUGCAGCAGGGCGCUCCAGAGAAGGGCAAGACAAGCAGGCUGCGUGAGGAUUUCCUUAAGAGUCAGGGGCACCAGCAGCAGUGAACAGCCCAACUCACCGUGCUGGUAACCCCCCCCCCCCCCCCCCCCUAGCAGCAUCACACGUCUCCAGAACUGUCUUCUCCUUCUCCACUGGGCUGCUGGUUUUGGCCUGCCUACCUAACCCCAACCCUCCCCCCCCCACUUUAGGCCGCCUGUACAAGUGCUCACUGUACAGUGUGUAUGUGUGGAGGGGGGUGCUUACGGUGGCCCCCUCAACCUUCCAGACCUGCAAGACCUCUCACCAAAAUAACUACACUACUCUUCCUGUUUUUACCCUCUGAAAUCCCCACCUUCUUUCCCCUCCUUCAUCGGAAACUGUGCCUCUAGGCUCCGGGCAGCAGUGGUAACGCCUCGGGGCCAGUCCUCUCCGGCACAAGAGCCACCAGCUUCUCUGCCCCCCUGAUGUCCGCCUUCGCCCAAAAGGGGGCACCAUCCUCCCUGUCAGUCUCAUCACAUCAUGCUAAGGCGCUGCUCGCCGGCAUUUCUGCCUCCAGCCGAAGCGCUGAAACCCUGUUGCUCUCCGCCACCUUAUGGCACCAUCAUCUGACCAAGGAGCGGCGACCUUCCUCUGCCCCACUGUCACUACCCAAGAGCCACCGGCCAGUGGCCACCUCCUCGUUGCCCUCCUCCUCAUCCACCCCGUCUCCAUCGGGCCUCCAAACUACCGGCCGAGGUGUACUGUACUUCAGCCACGGCACCUACAAGGAGCAAGAAAUGACGACCCUACGUAAGCCUAUCCCACAAGGUGGCACACCUUCGAGCGAACUGUGAGGGAAUGAGAAGAUCAGUUGGGGUUCCAGUAAAUACCAAAGUAACAUCAGGUCACCUACUGUGCUCCACUUUGGUCAGGCUGGCUGCAACAACUUGGAGAAAGGUCUUGUUUCCCCACCCUCAUACACGCUGGUCCUGGGAACCCCCAUCCAAUCAAAACGCAUCGCAGGCAUUCUCAACAUAACUCAGCAUCGCCCGUUACGCCUUCAGGAAGAGCCAAAGCUCCACCAACUUUGAGUCCCAGCGUGCACCGUGAGUCCCAGCGUGCACCGUGAGUCCCAGCGUGCACCAUGAGUCCCAACGUGCACCGUGAGUCCCAACGUGCACCGUGAGUCCCAACGUGCACCGUGAGUACCAGCGUGCACUAUGAGUCUCCGCUUAGUGAUGCUGGUCAUUUGCAUUCAGACUCAUUUCAGUCCAAGUCUGAGGCAGUUUGUACUCGUCCUUUCAAAGCAGUGUCUAGUCGUCUCUGUACUGCUCCGCCUGAGCCUUGAUCUUCUGCAGUGAAGGCUGGCUGUGUUUUCUUUUCUUUUUGACCUGGCCAUGUAUAGCCUAGAACAGUGUUUCCCAACCCAGUCCUCAGGGGGACCCCCCCCCCUCCCCAUGCCAGGUAUUUGGAGUUCUUGGCUGGAAGCUGGGAACAAGCAAAGCUGUAGACUGCUGCUGGUCCCCAGGACUGGGUUGGGAAACACUGGCCUAGAAACCCAGACCGGGGAGAACCACCAUUUUUUUUCCAUCAGUGCCAAACUUCUCACAAAAAAAGAAACCUUAUUUCUGUUUUCUAACUGUGAAAUGUACUGUAGAUGUGUGCAAUAACAAGGUUGUAAAAUGUCGUUUCUGCCAGUGUGUCCUGACACGUCUUAUUUACAGGAAAACAAAAAGAAAAUUGGUUGAAGAGGAAUGACUCGGGGCUAGUUCCGGACGCCAUGUCACCCGUGGAUGUGCUAAUGCAAAAUGGUGCUACACUGCUGUACAUGUGAAUACAUUCGCCACACGGUUCUGCACUGGCAGACUGAGUACCAUUUUACAAUCUUUACAGUACAUGGACUCUUACCUACGUCUGGAGUGUCUGUCUCUACUUAUUACAGCUCGCUUAUCUGCACACUGUACAGAAAGGGAGUAAGAGCAGUCCCCUUUUGCUAUUAAAGUGUCAGUAGUUUCAAUAGAAGUAGAUGUAGACUGCACACAUAGGGGAGUCUAUGCUGUAUACCCUUUCAGCUUAAACUGUGUUGUGACUAGACGAAGGGGAGACACGUCAAAGAUGAUUUGAGUUAUGUGCAAUAUUUACGUUUCUAUUGCAACAAGCAAAACAGAUUCGACUUAAAAGCACAAGCUAUAAUACUUGUAUUCACAACUGUUUUGGGAGGGGAUAUUUUAGAUAUUAGAUUGGUCAGACGUUUUCCGACGUAAUCUUGAAUACUAAUUAGUACUAUCGUUUGUGCUAAUCCUGUGUGUGAUGUUCCCAGAUCGCGCAGUAGCGAGACCAUGUUAUACCAGCAUCCUGCUCUGGUUUUAGUUUAGCAGCAGGACGCCCCGUCCAAAGCGCACAGGUGUCUGUGCAUUCAAACCCCUUUCCUUGUGCAUUCUCCAAGCCCUCCAUGCGUCCGCCUGACAAUUACCAUCCCUGCAGCGCUCAUCGGUAGCAGGGUGUCUGGGUCUUGAACUGCAGUUCUUGAAGGCUCUGUAAUUUGAAGAUGCUGCCCGUUGAGGCUGCGUGGACACCUGGCGAGAUCGUCCGAGAAAGGGAGGGUAGUAAUAGGAGACUCUUUGACAGCUGUUAGAUUGGACAUAAAUUACAGAAUUUAGCUUUUACAUUGAGAGAUGCGCGGUUGCAUAAGGUUUUCGUCGGCAUCGGGCACUGCACUGAUGCUAAAUGUUCCCGCCGGCACAACACUGCCCUCUGGUGGCUCAAACCGCACUGUGCAACUUUGUAUUGGCUCGUUAAUUUUCAGAGCAAUUAUCAGUGUUUUAGGGAUAUAAAAAUGCGGCUCUGCUUUCCACUAAGCAAGAGCACAGCGUCGUGUUCUUUUCACGGCCCCGUAAUUUGCGAUGAUUGGUGAGUAAUCGCUUUUCUUUGAACUUCGUGCACAAUAGCAUAACUCCUGAUCGUUGUUAGCGUUGCAUUCCUGACGUCACUCAAGGGCUCUCUUCUCACUGUAAGAGCAGAAAUAGUCUGAAGCUUUUCAUCAAACACUCCACAUUUAUUUAUGUUAAUAGAUACACUGGCGAAAGUAAUUAACCGUGGUGAGAAAUGGAUAGUGAGUUUAAAUGGAGGACCAGCAGCACUUAAGACCGUCUUAAAAGGUUUGCUGUGGCAUGGAAUCGUUUUCGGGCAGAGCAGAUGCGAUAACGGUGACAAAGCGUUCAGGUUCAGAGAGCACAGUAUCAUAAACGGGCUUCUUUACGAAGACUCUCAGCUUGUGCCUUCAUCCAUAAUACAGGGUCUUUCUAUGCUGUCUUUUAGGAUGAAAAAAAUAUGAAACUGGGGUUCUGCAAAGGAAAAAGAAAACCCCCCAAUCUCAUUUCACACGCAUUACGUACAUCGAUGACUUGUGUUUCAUUUUAUUUUCGUCCUGGUUGCGCUCUUCACUCGAUUAAUAGAGCACCUAGCCACAGCCCACUCUCACUAUAACCUGUCUUGCCCUUCUAACACCCCGAGAUUCAACCAUACUUAAACUCUUCAAGUCUUAAGACCGGUGGCAAAAGGAUUUUUUUUUUCGUCAAUAGUCACAAGUCAGUAUUUCUAUUUGUUUGAAUUUUCAAUUUCCCUUCAAGUUCAUCGUGGAACAGAUAAGUCGUUAUAUCAAAGUAAUUAAUGACAGAAUAGAUUAUUUAAAUAAUUGAAAUUAUAAAGCAAAGUACACAUAUAUAAAUGUAUAAAUACGUCUUUAGUGAAAUGUUGGUGUAUGAAAUUACAAUGUGAAGAACAGCGUGAAACAGAUAUAGCGUGUAAAUGACAUCAUCUUCUAUUUGCUUUUUAUAUAAUUCUUUUGUAAUUUUUUUUUAUUCUUAAAAAAUAUAUAUGUAUAUAUAUCAUAACUGGAAAUUAUUUUAUCCACAAACAGAACAUUUUAUAUAUUGAGUUGAAUAUAUAUACUAUGUACAUAUAUGGUAUAGAAUUGAACCAUGAUUGAUUUUCUGAUCUACCGGAUAUGCAAGACUGGUCUAGAUUGUAACUAUAUGAAUAUCUUUUUAAUUGUAUUUCAUCAGGGUUUAUAAUGUCAACCAUGAUUGAGGUUGUUUUUUUUUUCCUGGUUGCAUUUUUUUUUAAUUGCUGUUGGCAGAACUGAUUCUGUAGGGUCCGCAUGCAGCCCAGCAGUGGGGGGUGGGGGGUGUCAUGGGGAUUCUGCAAAAUGCAAAAGUGUUAAAGCUGCAGAAUUGCAUGUGGGCCACUGAGCUGCACCUUGCACUUGCAUGACAUGCAGGCGCCACAAAAGAUGUCGGCUUUUACCGCCGAGACCAGGGGAGGCUGUUUUAAGAAGCUGACUGACAUCUGAUGAACAUUUCCUGGCCUGUAGAUACCAUCGGGCUUCAGGGCCCUGGAGAGUCUCCACUGCCUUCCCUAACCAACACAUUGUUCAUCACUUAAAUUAAGGCUUUGCCCCCCCCCCACGCCCCACCACCACAAAUACCCCCUUUUUAAUCAUGCUACAGUUUAGUAUAUAAGAGACCUACUGUAGCGUCCUGGAAAGACAGAGAGCACAAGCUGAAGGUCCCACCCCUGCACAGCACAGUCCUGUGGGCACUUUUUAAUUUAUUUAUUCAUAUACAGAAUGUCAGAAUGUCUCACAUACCAAAUGGAUUGAUUAGGCUGUACCAGGCUUUGUAUGUUUGGGGGCUUUGUCAAGGAGCUGACAGCACACUUCAUACCCCCAGAGAAGGGUUAGGUAUUACUUCAGACAUUCCUGCUAUCUUUGGUUAUUCCCAGCGCACAGGAUCCUGUGUGUCGUGUCCCAUCUGAAGGUUGGAUGUGUGGAUGUUCAUGGCAUCAAAAAAAAAAAAAACGUAAAAAAAAACUUGUGUAAAUAGGAUUCUUAGAGUGUCCACAAGAUGGUCUCAUGUCCAAAAUGUUGUCAAAAAGUGGACGAAAUCUUAAAUAAAUUAUAAUAAUGCAUGUAUAUUCUCAAUCGCACGGUGCAGUUGGAAAAUGUUGUCUUUGUUUUGUAAAAGAAACUAACGUUGACCUCAAAACAUUUAUUAUACUAUAGCAAAUAAAAAAGGUUUUAAUUGGUCCAUGUCUGUGAUUCAGGCAUCUAUUACUGUAAUACUGGAUAAUGAAAUUGUGUAAAGGGAAGACUGUAUUCACACAGACAGCAAAGAUAGUUUAAGAGUUUCCACAUAAACCAUCCAGUAAUAGUGUUGUUUUUUCCCCUAGGGAGUGACGCUUUCGUUUGUAGGAUAGAAUAAUAGCCGAACAGCAGAGUCAGAUACACUGAUGCAUACUAACAGUCUAACUGCUCCGUGUGGACCCCCUGAUGUUACCGUGGGAACCGUGUCUUUUGUGAGAAUACGGAGGCUGCUUUUCUUUUGUACAUACUCGCUGUGUUCGUAUGACAAAUAAAGUUCAGCUCUCUCGUA